GAUUAUCUAUUGGAAGAUUGGUGUACCGAAGUUGGCAAGGAAGUUUGGGAGCAAAAACCGGAAUUUGCAGUUAUACAUGUACAAGGAUUGCGUAAUGCUGGAAAUCCUGACGUUCUUUCUAACAAAAUUUUAAAAGGCAUACUAUAUGAUGCAGCAGAAGUACAAGAUUUAUUUAAAACAAGUCGUUCAUAUUUUGACACUCGUGAAACGGGUCUUGGAUCAAUUUACCUAUUUCGUAAUCAUGAUGAAGUGGAAUCAUUUGAUCGUUACAGUAAUAGCGGUUAUAAAAAUCUACGUCCUGGUCAUCAGUAUGAAAUUGGUGCUCGAGAAUGUGAUGGAUUCAUUUCCAAUAUAUUUAGUAAUGCUUCCAGCUCAGCUUCCAAUUAUUCGUUACGUUAUGAAGGCGAUUUCUACCGUAAUGAUAGUCAACGAAGUGAGAAAUCCGGUGGAAGUAAAUCCGUACAAAGCGGUUAUUUAAUGUCACGUUUCCGUAUUUAUGGUCGUGAUUUUACAUUCGUCAAUCUUAGCUUGCAUACCGUACCUUUUGAAGAUAUUAAAGAACUCGUUGAACAGCCUGAAACAACCAAAGCUGCACGAUUGCGAAGAAGUCAAAUUGAUAUUUUGCUCAAAGAGAUUGAAUCGGAAGGAUUAAAAGAUGAUUCAAUUCUUGUUGCUGGUGCAUUUAAUGCCCAAUUAUUUGAAACACAUCUACUUAGUGAUAUGGCAAGUACUCAAAGAGCUACCAGUUAUGCAAGAAAAAGUUCUGAUGGUAGAUUGGAAGGUAUUGAACAACGUGAUCGUCAUGGACGGAGUGUACUAACUGUGGAAACUCAUCGUUUCGAUCUUCAUUCCAUACAUGAUUGGUUCUUUCGUCUUGGUAGAGGACAAAUGGUUAAAAAAUACAAUGGUGAACUUGCGCAGGUUGUUUUCGCCGGUAAAUUACUGGAAGAAUCGGUAUUUUUCCAGCCAUCACGUCAUUAUGGUAUAAGUAAAGUAACAGGAAAAGAGGAAUUCAUGAAAAAUUUAUGUCCAGCUUGGGCUGAUCGAGUAUUAUACAAUGAGAAAUUAAGCGACUUAUUCAGACAUGAUUCAUUUUGCGCAUCCGGUCUCUACUACGGAUUGGUUGGGGAGAAAAAAUUUGUUGGACAGCAUAAGCCGGUGGCUUUGCAUGCUACAAUAUGCCUUAAAUAA